GUUUUUUAUUACUUUUUAUUUUAUUUUUUCAUUCUUAGAUUUCAAGAGAGAAUCAGAAACCCCCAAAUCCGUGAGAGAUGGCCCAAAUCGAAACCCAGGGAAUACUCCAGGACAUCCAAACCCUCGUCUCCGAUCAGCUUCAAGUGGUAUCUUACAAGUGGCUGAGUCGGAACUACUUGGUGUCGUCCAACGAUGCAAAGAGGUUGCUCCAGGAGUUUGUGGAGAGCCAUGGGAAUGGUUUGGAAGUGGUUUAUACGUUGUCGGGCCAGUUGAAGAACAAUCCUGUGAGCUACCAUGUCAGGCUUGUUUCGGGGCCUCAACUUGCAGAGGCAAAGGAAGAAUUUGAUGGAAAUUGCUCCGUUGGGGUUUACAGUGUGCAACCAUGCAUUCCAAAGGACCCAGCCACAAUGUGGAAUGCAGAAUUUGUACAAGCAGAGGAGCUCCAUACACAGGCUCCAACUGUUGAAAAUUGCUUGAGAGAUAACAGGUUCUGUGGCAUUCUCAAUUCCUUCGUUAUGCGCAAUGUUGAGGGAACACCAACAAGCACUACAGGUCCACAACCCAACUCCAAAUUAGCUGCAGAGCCAUCAAAAAUUAAUUUGCCUCAUCAAGGUAGUGUGAUUCCCAAACAGCCACAGAAUAAAGGACAACAAUCUAGUCCGAAUGUUGUGCAAACUGCCAAUGUGGUUAAAGAUGUCAAAAGUGAAAGCAAUGGCAUAGAAGUUGCUCAUCAGCCUAAAAAACCUCCCGCAGGCAAAGAAAAAGUUGCUCCUCUUCCUGCUAACAAAAAGAAGGUCCAGAAUGAUAAAAGCUCUUCUGCUUCUGGAGGCUCUUUGGCAAAUAUGUGGGGUCGUGCAUCUGUGAAGUCAAAAUCACUUUCUACAGCUGAAAAUAGUAAUAUGAUUCCUACACAUGCUGGAGAUAGUGCAGAGGCUCAGAUUUGUGUGAGAGAAGUAGAACCCGGUGCCAUCAGUGAUGAUGAUGAUCAGGACGUUAAUUUUAGGAGAGCUUCCAGUUCUGAAGCCACUAGGAAACGGAGGGUCAUCUUUGAUUUCUCAGAUGAAGAUGAAUGUGAAGAUGCAAUCAAUUUAGCAUCACCAGAGUAUGCAAAAGAAAAUUCAUGUCAAGAGGCCAAUGAGAGUGGCAAAACAUUGGUUCCACAUAAAACCAAUUUGAACUUUGACGAGCAGUCAGAAGAUAAGCCAGAGGUCAAGGAAGAGAUAUCAGUUGGUGGAGAAUCUGACCAAACUUGCAGAGAAGAUACUACGAUUUUCAGCAAAAAAAAGAAUUCCGGAAUUAUCCUGACAGAGAAAAUAGAAAAAGUUGUUCCUGAAAACGAUGUGAAAAAAAUCGAUAAGCUGACUACUGCUGCUAAGACACAGAGAGAUGCUGACAUUAUCCUAACCGAGAAAAAACGAAAUUCUGUUCCUGAAAAUGAUGCGAACAAAACGGAUAAACCAACCAACGGAGCAUCAAGAUCCCCUCAAAGAAGAAAAAUUUUGAAGACGCAAAUUGAUGAACGUGGAAGAGAAGUAACUGAGGUAAUAUGGGAGGGAAAGGAGACAGAAGAAAAGAAAGCUGACAGCCUCACAACAGCAAAAGCUGACAGCAGUACAACAAAGAAAGCUGAUAAUACAGUUAAAACUGUCUCAAACAGGUCUCCUGCAGUUCCUAAGCCAGUGGCAAACACUGGUCCGAAAAAUCAAACUACCAAAGCAGGAGGCAAGAAAGUAGUAAACAAGGAUCCGAAGCAAGGAAAUAUUCUUUCAUUCUUCAAAAAGGUCUAAGGUGGUUUUUACAAAUACCCUUGCAGGAGAACUUUCUGAUUUAAAUGUUUCUUACAAAAUCAAGGUUCCUUAGGGGAAUGAAGGUUCUUGAGUUGCUUAAAUCAUUGCUUUGCCUCAAGUCUGGAGGAGAGUGGCAGAAGUUGGGAACAGGCUACAAUGGUAGUACACUGCUCUUACAUCUGUUAUUUUCAGAUGAUGGAGACUGGAGAGUUUUUGCUUUUCUUCUCUGCUGUUAGUUCAAGUCUGUAAAUGUUGGAUAUAACGGUUACAUCGUCUCUGGUUACUUGUAUUGUGUUACUUUCUUA